AUGCAGGCCACGUUUCCGACCAAUAUCGACCGCAGGAAAUGCCGUCGGGUUGUCCCAAUGAAAGUGCUAGUGCUUGGGUUGAGCAGGACCGGCACAGAUUCGAUUAAGAAGGCUUUACUGAAGCUCGGCUAUUCGGAUGUAUAUCAUGGUUACACCGCUGCGACAGAGAAUCCCCGAGACUGUGAGAUGUGGCUUGACGCAAUGGCUGCCAAGUGGGAUGGGAUAGGAAAACCCUUUGGCAGAACAGAAUGGGACCAGCUCCUCGGCCAUUGCCAAGCGGUUACCGAUAUACCCGCCGCAGUAUUUGCCAGAGAACUCAUAGAAGCAUACCCUGAGGCGAAAGUCAUCCUAACAAAUCGCAACGCUGAAGAAUGGCAUAGAUCUGUGCAAGCCACUCUUUUCAAGAACGUUUUCCAUCCCUGGUCAUCGGUCGUAGACACUCUCGCCAUCCUCACUCGCAGUCCAAAUCGAUUCACUCGCAAGAUGUUCAUCCGCGCCUUCACAGACUACUUCCAGGGCGAUUUCCAGCUCCAUGGUGUUUCCGUUUAUGAGACCCAUUACAAAAUGGUGCGCAAGAUGGUACCGCGGGAGAACUUACUUGAGUAUCAGGUCCGGGAUGGAUGGGAACCAUUAUGCAAGUUUCUGUCCAAAGAUGUCCCUGAGGGCGUUCCCUUUCCAAAUGGAAAUGACAGCUUUGAAACCACGAAUCGGAUUUGGGCGUUGGUAAAUAGUGAGUGCCAGCGACUCUUGGGACUUCUCUUCCAUAUUUUAGCCGCCAUGGCGCUCCUUUACGCCUUUGGCACAGGAUACGUAGGCAAUCUUUCGUCGGACCAGGAAGCUAAAUUGCGCCAAAUCUGGUCCAUCAUCUUAGCCCUGAAUGAUCUCCCGCAGCCAGAAUUUCACGAUGUGAGUUUGGAGACCCAAGAGAAGCAGCCUCGGCCGGUCCACCGUCGGAGCUCGUCUCUGUCGAAGACAGUGUCCAACACGAGCAACUCAAACCUUCCAAAGGAUCUAGAUCAGAUCCUACUGCGUCUGGGAAUCAACAGCAGCGAGCUAAAGUCCAUCCGCGACUGCUUGAACCGGGCCUCGGUCAAUGAGAUCCGCCGCAGUUUGUUGAGUACCGCCAAACAAGAUCACCCCGACGGCUUGCUCCUCCGUUUUAUCCGGGCUCGUAAGUGGGAUGUCAGCAAGGCUUUCGCGAUGAUGCUCGAAGCUUUGGUGUGGCGCGUGAAAGAGCAGCAUGUGAAUGAGAUGGUCGUUUCUAACAGCGAACUGCGUGCGUUGACAGAGGCACAGGAUAAGUCGCAUCCAGAGAAGGCGAAGGCCGGUAGUGCAUUUCUGGCGCAGAUGCGCAUGGGCAAAUGCUACGUUCAUGGAACAGACCGUGCCGGUCGCCCGAUCGGAAUCGUGAAGGCCCGACUGCACAACCCGAAAGCACAAAGCGAAGAAGUGAUCAAACGCUAUAUCCUGCAUGUCAUCGAGUCCGCACGACUCGUCCUGGUCCCCCCAGUCGAAUCCGUGAACAUUAUAUUCGAUAUGACUGGCUUUUCCCUCUCCAAUAUGGAAUAUGCGCCUGUGAAGUUCUUGAUUGAUUGCUUCCAGGCCAACUAUCCCGAGUCCCUGGGAGUCAUGUUGAUUCAUAAUGCGCCAUGGAUCUUCUCAGGAAUUUGGAGGAUUAUCAAGGGGUGGAUGGAUCCCGUGAUUGUAUCCAAGGUCGACUUCACCUACACUGCGGCAGACCUCGAGAGGCAUAUCGCCCCCGAGCACCUUGUGAAGGAGCUAGGUGGAAAGGACCAAUACGAGUACCAGUUCAUUGAGCCGGUAGAAGGCGAGAAUGAGAGGAUGGCAGAUACUGUGGCCCGGGACGCCCUCCUUUCGGAGCGUGAGCAGAUUGGCGAAGACCUACUGAAAGCGACUGCCGAGUGGAUCGAGGUCGCAGACGAGGGCGACUCGGUGAAGAUUGCCGCUGCCAAAGAGCGCAGAAAUGCUAUUAUUGAACAAAUGAGACUCAAUUACUGGAAGCUCGACCCGUAUGUUCGCGGCCGCGGUCACUUGGACCGCGCGGGUGUGAUAGGUGAGGGUGGAAAAGUCUCAUUCUAUCCCACUGCAGAGUCCGAGGUGGAAGUGACAGAGACCAAGGCAGUAGCAGUGAAAUACAUCGCAAGUUCACAGGUCAAGGUGGUGAAUACUCCAAUCUAG